AAUCAGACCCCCUACAUCGAGAUCGAGUUCCGUGACGCCCCGAAAAAACGCAUCAAGCGGAACCUGUCGCUGGACUGUGAGGAGAACGACAACGAGACCCGCUGCUGCCGGUACCCGCUGACGGUGGACUUUGAAAAGUUCGGCUGGGACUGGAUCAUCGCGCCGAAGCGGUACGAAGCUUCCUACUGCGCCGGCGAGUGCAUGCUGAGCUUCCUGCCCAAGUACGAGCACACCCACGUGAUGCAGCUCAGCACGUCGGCCAUCCCGUGCUGCUCGCCGAAAAAGAUGAGCCCCAUCAAGCUGCUGUACUUCGAUCUGAGCUACCGCGUCAUUUACUCGACCAUACCGAACAUGAUUGUGGAAAAGUGCAGUUGUUCCUAAAAGCAGUCGAAAAUUUGGAGCAAAAAAAACUUCUUUUCGGUUUAAAGAUAGCUAAAGAAAAAAGUGCAAGAAUCUAUGAGUCUGAUUUGGGAUCUUAAAAUUCGAAUUACAAGAACUAAAUUAUGAACUUGCAAUUAAAAAUCGACGCAACGGGUGAUACGCGAAAUUCUCGAAACGGAACGGACAAUCUGAAAUUUUAGGCUUACUCGACUUAACAAAAAAAUAAAUGAGAAAAUUUGAACUAUUGGAUCGCUUCUAGGAUUUUGAUUUUGUGAUAACUGUUUCUACUAAAAAAAUGUAACCAAACAAUAGAUAAUACAACGGAUACGGUAAUUUUGCGUUAACAAGUAAGAAACAACAAGCUAUAGCGAAAGAGCACAGAAAUACAAAACCAUGGGGAUAGAUGGAUAUUUUAACCAAACAUGAAUCAGCAGCGCAGGCGAUACAUAAAUUUGGAAUUUGUGUGUGUUCAAAAUUGUACAUAAUACGAGCAGUAACAUGCGACGAGGCACCAGAAAAGUUUUUCUAUAAUUUAACUCAAACCAUCAGUUAGAAGCUAAGUGUAGAAAUUUUAAUAGCUAAAUAAAGUCUAUCCGAACUAAACGAAAAA